AUGGAUCAAAUAAUAGCCAAGGCAAGUAAUCAAGCUGUUUCAUUUGCUAUUAGAUCUGGUAUUUCAAUUGCUUCAGGUUAUGCUAUAAAAACAAUUUCAACAUUUUUGGAUAAAAUACCAGAAAGCCAGCAGAAACGAAUUGAAUUAAAAAAGAAUAAAUUGAAAAAUAAAAUUGAUAUUGUUUCAGUUACUAUUGAUUUAAUUAAAUUAGCUGCUUCAAGAGGUAAUACAAUAUUAGAAUCAACAUUAAUAUUAAUUGAUGAUUUACAAUUAGAAUUUGAUGAAUUUGAUAAUAGAAUAAAUGAGAUAACUAAAAAUUUAACUGGUCAUAACCAAAAGGAUUCAAUUAAACUAGUUGAAGAUUAUAUGAAUGGAUUAUUAGAUAAUAUAAAUGAUUCAAUACCAAUUUUAAAUUUGUCAUUGGUGUCCAGUGGUGUUAAUUUCAAUGGUAGGGUUAAUAUAAAUAAUGUAUCACCAAGUAGAUUAUUACAAGCUGCAAAUUAUGUAUCAAAUUCAAAAGGUAAUAAAAUUGGACCAACUUUUGAUUUGGUAAUGUAUACUAUAUUUUAUAAUCCAAGUAGACUUAAGUAUAUUGACGAUAAGGUCGAUGAAUUAAGUUGUAUAACUUGGAAAGAAACGUAUGCGAGAAGUUCGGUCAAGAUUGAAGAAGAUGGAUUUAAUUAUAAGUUGAUUAUAAAGGAAGAUUUCGAUGAUGGGAGGUACCAUGAAGAUGAUGAAUCACCAGGUAAGAAAGCUAUAAAUUCAAAGUAUAUUCAAAAUAUGUUUUUCACUGCCUCCGGAAAAUUAUUAAAAUUAGAAGGUAGAAAUUCACCAGUUUUAAUCUUGAAAAUAAGUGAAGAUGAUCAAGAAGAAUGGAUAGCAUUAGGAGAACCAUUAAAAGGAGAAUUUGAUGAAGAUGAUGGAGAAGAAGAAGAAGAAGAAAUUAAACCAAUUAAAUUAAAAUCAGAAAUCAAAAAUAGUUCACUAUCAUUACUUGAAUAUUUAAUACGAUUAUGUCGUUUACAACAAAUAGAAUCAAAAUCAAUAUUAGAAAUACCAGAUGAGAUUCUUAAAUUAUAUUUACACGAUCAACAUACUACUGAUUUACCAAAAAGUUUAUCACAAAAGCAAAAAGAUGAAAUUAGAAAAAUUUACAAUGAUAAUGCAAUAACAAUGGAUUCAAAUAUAAAUAGAUUAAAGAACCUCGAAAUUAAAAAGUGA